ACUGUCUAUAGUCCCAGAUUUUUUGUAUAUUUGUGACUGCAUAUGUCCAGCUUUUACCAAAUUGUGCUCUAAAUUUCAUAUCAGGCUUAUUAUGAAUUUUUCUCAGGGAACAUAAUGUGUUUGGGUAGGUGAGUGUUUCAGACAGAGGAGAUCUGGACAUUAUUAGUGCUUUGUGAUGUAACCGAAUUUGAUUUGCCAAUCUUAGUAAGAUGCCUCUUUUCUUAAACAUUGGUGUUACUAGAUCGCAAGUUCCAGAUCUUGAACAUUUCUUUGAUCUAGAAUACCUCUUUUUGCAGCAUGUUAUAUUGAGAGCGUUAGCUAACACUACAAAAGAUAAAAUCAAGAUCAAAACAAAAGAGGCUAGGACAAGAGAAAAUUCAGUAGAAAUGCAUACAAAGUUCUAUGAUUCUAAGUCCUAUAUUUAGGUGCAAAACCUCAAAGAUAGAUUUAGAGAAUUGGAGAGCCUUCAUUUGGGAGCAGUACGUGAGAAAAGGAUCCAGGCAUCAGGAGCAGAAGUAUGAAGCAUGAGAGCAAUGGGGUUGUUUAAAAAAAUUAUGGUGUUAUGUUCUGAGUGCAACAUUUGAAGAAAGACAUUGAUCAACUGGCACACAUUCAGAGGAAGUCAGACAGAAUGGUGAGAGAUCUUGAUAUUAAAUUCUAUAUAGUCUUCAUACAGCAGAUAGUUGGAUCAAAUGACCUCCAAGGUUAUUUCUAACUCCACAAUUCUUUGACUACAUGAAAGUGUAGGUUUCUUUGUACAGUAUAAAGAAAAGCUUGCACAUCUUUUGUUGCUUCUUUGUUUAAAAAAAAAAGAAAGAAAGCCUUCUAUCUCGAUAGCUUGAAUUUUGAGGAUCAGGUGCAGUUUUUCAGCACUGCUGAUGUGCAGACUCAUGGAAACAGAAAGAGAAAGAAAGAGUACUGACUUAGAGAUUCUUUGUAUUAUGAGAAGUUAAACAGAGAAGCAUCCCAAAAGAAAAACACACGUAGCUUACCCAUAGAGAUUUUCACCUUCAGUGAUGUAUGUGUUCGGAAGGUUACCUGAAGGAAGUUAAACAUCCUGACAUCCUGUCUUUAUGAUUAACGCCAAAGCAGAGCCAGCCCUAGGUAUUUUUCAAGUGUAGGCGAACAGAAUUUUGGCACCCCCCCCCCAAACCAAUCACUGAAAAAUAAAAGCGUUGGAUAAGCGAAAAUAUUGGAUAAUAAGGAGGGAUUAAGGAAAAGCCUAUUAAAUAUCAAAUUACAUUAAGAUUUUACAAAUUAAGCACCAAAACAUCAUGUUUUACAACAAAUCAACAGAAAAAGCAGUCUCAACUGCACCCCCGUAUGUUUUGCGCCAGAAGCGACUGCUUAAUUCACCUCAUUGUUGGACCGGCUCUGUGCCAAAGGUCCUAUUUUUGGAUUGACCAGCAAAAGCCACUAGCCAGAGAGGGGGGGAAGGAUACUAGAAGGAGGACUUUCUUAAUGGUGGCCCCACAUCUAUGGGACAUCUUUGUCACCAAUGGAGAUUGGUAUACCUUCAUUGCUUCUGUUUUGUAAAAAAUCUAUAAAAUACACAGUUACUGUAUUUCUUCAAUUUUAAUACACUAUCAAUUGUAAGAUGCACACUAAUUUCAGUACCACCAACAGAAAACAACUUUAUGCAUAUCUAAAACUCCCAGGAUUCUAAAAUGCACCCCAUUUUUAGAAUAUAUAGGAAAAAGUGCAUCAAGUCAGUUUACAUUUGAUGAUUUAAUAUUAUUCGCUGCUUGCAUCUCUCUGUGUGUUUAAACUGUAAUUGUACUUUAAUGUUUUAUAAGUUCAAUGUCCUUGUGAGUGGGGUGUGACCUAGACGAUGGUCUAAAAACCUUUGAAUAGAAAAGUAGGGAUGGCAAACAUUGGCAUUUUGAAUGAUCAGUAUUUGGGGGAUGGAGACAGGAAAGCCAUGUCAUGAAUGUACAAAUCACUAUAUAGGGAGCAAUAUCUCUACCCAUAAUCACAAUAACUAAUUCAUAUUUGCUUUGUCUUUAUAUCUAGCAUGAAUCCUGCCCUUUUAAUCUCUCUUCCCUUCUUCUUGGCCCUCACUUUGGGGCAGAGCAUGUCCUUUUGCAUCCCUGUUGACUAUGUCAUCCAUGUGGAGAAGAGGGAGUGUGCCUACUGUCUGGCUAUCAACACGACCAUCUGUGAAGGAUUCUGCAUGACCUGGGAUAGCAAUGGUAAGAAGCUGCUGCCCAGAAGUGCUCUGUCCCAGGACGUGUGUACCUACAAGGACAUGGUGUACAGGACCGUGAUGAUCCCUGGCUGUCAGCACCAUGCUGUUUCUUACUAUACCUAUCCUGUGGCAUUGAGCUGCAAGUGUGGGAAAUGCAAUACUGACUAUACUGACUGCAUCCAGGAGGCAGGCCACACUGAGUACUGCACUGUCUCCCAGCAGUUAUAUAACCCAUGAAGCCCUGGAAAGUCCUCUCCUCUGUCUUACACUCUGUGACACAAUGAAAAUUAUUGUCAGCCAAGAAUAAUAAAAAUUUGAAUAUUGUUCUGUCGAAUUUUCAAAAAUGAAACAAAAUUGGCUUUUUUUUUUCUUUUUGGGGGGAAUACAUCUGCAAAUAUUGCAAAUUCCCAUAUUGUUGUCCUUUAUGCCAUUGCUUGGUUAUAAACACCUGCACUACCACAUCAGACAGAAAUGCUGACGGCCGCCAAGACAGCUGAGAUACCAUGAUUACAUUGUGACCAUUGGUAACCAAUAGAAUGUUUCCACUAAAUGCAACAUACCAGUUAAAUCUCAUGUUAUGUAAUACAUUGGGUCAAAAUGUCACAAUACACUUAGUUUUCUUUGAUACAAAGAAGGAUGAAGUAUAUUCUAAU